CUGAGGCGCAGCACUUGAAACAUCUGGAUUGUUCUGGCCGGCGCCGCGCCGUGAAAGACACUUCCUGGAGUUUUUCGUCCGUCUUUCAGUUAACUCGGUGUCUUCGUGGCUCGGUGGCGUCACGCCAUGCAUGUACAUCACCGGGUGCUUCUUAGCUUCGAUAGAAAGCAUGAGAGACGACUGACUGCCAAGGGGGGGGAUCUCAACAAGACGUCAGGUAUAUCAUGCUGAUUUAGAAAAGAGGCGUUCUGCCAAGGGUACCACUGCAACUCCGCGCCAUGGUCUGCGGUGUUCAGUCUUCUGUCAGUGGCUUCCACGGGUCCAACAAUGUCGCACCACAUCUGACUUAGGCUUCCCGUGCGGGAUGAGGUAAAAAAGAAGAAAUACCAGGGCUCGGCAUGCAAUAAAUGACCGGUGCUAGCUUCUGAGAGGCUGUCGCCAAGGAAGCGCGUUUUGCGCGAUGCCUAUUACGGCGCAGCCACACCUGUUCAAGGGACGGGGGUCUGUUCAGCUGAGAUGCGGACCAGGACUAACGGGCCCAGUCACACUGGACACUCUCUGUCUUUCCCAGAACAUCUCACUUUCCUGUGUUAUGUAGGGAAUUGCUGAAGAAAUGGCGGAACAAUCAUCACCGAGAUCUCAUGAUAGAAGACAACAGUACCGCGAUGGACUGCCCCCUUUCUCGCUCCCGCCGUCAUCCGACUUUCCGCUUUCUGGGGCCGACGAUAGAAGCCCCCAGGCAAGCGACCUACACUCCCCCAGCUCUGUCUACUCUUUAUCCGCUGCCAGCAGCCCCGGGUUCCAACCGGCGUGGAAUUCAAAGCUGUCUUCACAACACCAAGACUCGGGAUCCCAGGAACAGUAUUACGCACGGAAGCCAUUGCCCGGAUCUCCGCCACAAUCAUCCUCUCCAUCCCGAUUCGGAGGUCAGCUUCCUCCCAUCACCAGUCUUCUUCCGCCCGCUUCCCAGUAUCCCCCCUCACUACAUCCAAGCCAUUAUCCCGCGCAUAGUGGGCCUCUAGCUCCGCCCGCCGGAAUGGUAGCUCAUCAGCAUCAAGGGUAUAUGCCCCAAGGAUUUGGUCAACCGCCUCCGUCACUCCCAUCAAUAGGCAGUUCAGGUGGGCCAUAUCAUGAGUUCAACGUGCGGGUAGGAGGGAGUGUCUAUCCGGUGUCAAGAGAGUCCUCUCAGCAGGAUCGACCAUUCAAAUGUGAUAUUUGCACUCAGUGUUUCAGCCGAAACCACGAUCUCAAACGACACAGAAGGAUACACUCAGCCACAAAACCGUUUCCUUGUCCUCACUGCGACAAGUGCUUUUCACGCAAAGAUGCCCUCAAGAGACAUCGAUACGUCAAGGCGUGCAGUGGCAAGAAAUCAAACCCGGGGUCUGAAUCCUCUUCUGCAAUACCGACAGGCGAAGCCUCAACUGCGGCCGAGGAGGACGAAGACGACGAUGAUGAGCAAGAUGCUCCAGAGUCACCCUCAUUGCUACCUCGGAAAUCAAUUCCAUCCACCCCUUCACAGCCACAGUUGACCAUGAAGGAGUUAAAGCCAAAGGAGCCAAAGGUACCCAGGUCCAUGUCAUCCAAGUUUACUUUUACUAGGCCAUCACCAAAGAUCAUAGUGCCAGCUCUGACAUCAACAGCCUUGACUCUUGCCAUCCCGUCUACACACCUUGGAAAACGGUGGAUCAUCUACACGCUCGAGGAAGGCGAGGCUUCUGCGCCGGAAUAUCGCCCGUCGCAAGAUACCUAGCGUCUCACAGCUUCACCGUCAAGUCCGAUUCGGUACCAGAAUGCACAAAUCCCGAAUGAGAUCACGAGCGGGUGGGAUCAGGGCUUAAUAGACACCGGGAUGAUGUCAACAGGUUUACUGCCUAGGUACCAAAACGACACUCGAUAGCGUCAGAAAAAUGGAACAGCAAGACUAUGAAGGAAAAGGGACGCAGAAAAGACAACACUUGGAAGGGCUCACGCCCGAAGAGGUCAGAGUAAACAACACAGAGAUGUUCAGCAAUGAAUAACGAUACAUAUGAACAAGCAGCCAACUUGACUUUACGGGCGGG